GUUAAUUCCACUUUAGUGUGACUUACAUGAAAAUGUGUAAUUUAUUGACAGCCCUAAAAUAUUUGUCUUUUUGUACAUAUUGUGAACAUGGAUGUCGUCACCAAGCUCAUGACCUCGCAAGGUGUUGGGCUGGCAGAUCCUGCGUUUUCUAUAUUCUCAGCCCUUCCCUCUUGUCUGGGACAGGCCAAGACUGAGUCUCCUCAGUGACGACUUCAACCUCACAGCUACUUUGAAUUCCCAUGGGGAUUUUCGGCGUUGCGAUCGUGGCCAGGUUUUCAGCAGAGCGAUGAGCAACAAACAGCGGAUCCUGUUUCUCAUUGAAAAUUCUCCUGGUGAAUCGAGCUCCGCCGUGGGCUCAAUUGUGAGCUUAACUCUGACAGCUCAGGCCGACUGACGCAGUAACACAACACCGCCAACUAACCCUGACUCACAAGAGUCCCAGAUGAGAGACGGCUCAAUAAAGAAUCAUGGUCUAGAUUCCCUGACCUGCUAUCAACCCAGUCAAUGACAACUCAUAGCACGAAUCAGGAAUAAUUGUGAUGAAAUGUUUACCAAUGUUCACACAACUUGAUCUAUGCUCAAGUGAAAUACUCAAUAUAUUUUGAUGGAGAGGACAAUAUCCAACGCUAACAUGACCAUACAAAUGACCCAAGCAGCUCAAAGCUUUGUGGACGGAGGGGCAGGUGGGGGGAGGGGGAGUGAAAGGUGGAGAAAGUGAUGAGGAAACCGUACGCCACUCAGGAAGGAGACAGAUCCGAGAGUGGUGAUACCUGCACGUCCGAAAUGCUGCUGAAAACAGGAAUAUUUAAGGACUGAAUGGAGGGAAAGUGGCUUUGCUACUGACUGAAGAUGCGAAGGAUGGGAACAUUUCAAAUCACCUUCAUGUUACUUUGUCUUCUGUUGGUGGAGCAGGGACACACUCAGCACUCAGGGUUGAGUAAAGAGGAACAGAGGAAGGCUGUUUUUCAAGAACUCAUUUCAAAAUUGAGCAAAGGAGGAGCCUUCAAUCCUAGUGCGAAAGAAGCAGAGCCCAAAAAGGAUUCAUCUCUGCACCCUUGGGUGAGGAGCAUCAUGGGGGGUCUUAAAACUUUUGGCCUGCUUCCCCCUAAACACAAGCUGUUGGAUAGACAGCGUCUUUCUGGCUUCCUCUACAACAUCUCUCACUACCUCCAAGAGAUGGGUGCAGAGCUGGAGGAGGUGCACGACCCAGAUGAUCAACCUUUGUGGGAAAAAGUUCUUCAGUAUUUUCUCCAGUCUGAGGGAAACUUUGCUUUCAACCAGUGGACUGGUGGACUGCCACCUCGACCCAGCGUCCGGUUGCAAGACUGGUUCCUGUCCUUAAGAGGGAGUCCUCACUGGGACUUCCUGCUGGGGCUUCUACAGAGCGUGAUGACCUUAUCGGAGCGUCAACCUCACCGCCCUCUUCUGACCUUCCUGUCACAGAACUGGAAGACUGUGAGUGCUGUACUGGAGGCAGCGCUUCAAGCGCUGGUCAGUGGGACUUACGGCCAAGCCAGCGCUGGCCUGCAGGGCUUCAUCUGUGCACUGAAGGGUCGUAGUGACUGUGCCUUCAGUGUGGGCUGGCUGCAGGAGAUACUUCAAUUCUUGGAGACACGCAACUGGAAGCCAGUGGUUAGUUUACAUCCAGCUGAUGAAGAAGCUGAACACCGUAAAGCAUCCGGUGCUUUUGAACGUUUGAAGCCUUUUAUUUUUCCCCCUGAAGCCCUGAGGGUGGACAUAAUGACGGCUAACGAUUCUUUGGAAGACAUGAAGAACGCAGAGGACGACUCAGACUCCAUGCAGAGCUUCAUCCUGCAGGCGCUGUCGCGCUCAGGUGGAGGUGAGAGAAGUGGUCUCGCACAGAAGAAUCUAGCUCUUGUACAGAGCCUUGAUGGACUGAGGAGGGGGCUCAUGCACACGGUGGGGAGUUCUGUCUAUGGUAACCUGAAGAGGAAGGUGUCACGAGUCACCAUGGCGUUGGUUGAUGAUGUCAGCACUCUGGUUGAUGAGCCACAACACAGAGCGCAGGAACACUGUUCAGCUGGCAAUCUGAAACAGCUGAUCUUGUGGGGUGUGAGGCAUAACGUGACAUGGAACACCCAGGCUUUAGGCGUCACUUCCCACAGUCUCCCCAGUACACUCCCCUUCCUCUCAUGUCCCUCGAAUGACGGACACCAGCAACCACGUUCAGCCACUGGCGCCUCAAAGAUGACUCACCCUGACCACCCUAGUGAUGACAUUCGUCCACAAACAAGGAGCAGGCGGGAGGGGAGCCAAUCAAAACGCCUGGAGCACACAACUUCUUCAGAAAUUCUAGAGGCAGCAUGCAAUGACUCCAUACCCGGCUUGACAGGCGUCUCCAACUUCACAGUGUUCCUCUAUUGUAAACUCUUCGAAGGAGAGAACAGCUCAGUUGAUCCACGGGUAGCUGAGAUGGGGCUGGACCUUCAUCUCACGUGUUCAGAUGCAGCAUGGUACCUGUCGGCCGCAGAGGAGGACUUUCUGUGGGUUCAUGUCUGCAGUGAGUUCUUUGCUCAUGAGUUCAACAACACAGUGUGUGCCAACUCGUCCUUCUGGCUGCAGAAGGCACAUCAGGCUGCACUGACAAAGAACUACCAAUUCUUCAACCAGACCAGCAUCGAUGAGCUCUGCGUGCAUCUGCCAGUGGAGUCUGCUAAAUCACCGCUGGACAGCAACUGUUUGUCUCAGUUGGGAAACAGAUCACUCACUGCCCAGGAUUUCAGGAACUGCUUUCUGCCCAACAACUCGGCUCUCAUCUCUGCUCUGUGUGGGAAAGGACAUCCUCACUCCGAGUCUCUGCCUGAGGGCAGCUGGGCGUCUGCAUACUGUCACAGAAUUCACAACUCAUCUGAGGUGUUCAGCCUCGAAGAGACUUGCCAGUACAGAAAGUGGGACACACGCAAAUUUAUCAACUCUUCUCUCCUGGAACUUUGUGGGGAGACAGAGGGACUGAGAGAAUACAUUUGUCUGAACACUUCACUUUACAAUCAGCUGGUCGGAUUGGUUCCUCAGUUUGCGGGCUUCUGUGCUGACCUGCUGGCCGGGAAGUGCUUGCUUCAGAGGUUCUUUGAUAUGCUCCCCGCUCCGUAUGAGUUUGACACGUCACAGUUGUGUGUGAAUCCUGGCCCGUUGUUGUUCGACCUGCUACACAAGCUGAGUGUGUGUGAGGUGGAGGGAGGGCAGCACGAAGGGUUUUUAGCAGCACUGGGAUACGUGCUGCGGCUGCUGGACCUGAUGGUUGGCCUCUCUUCAGGCCUUGAAGAGGGUGAAAGAGAAGCCAGACUUGGCUUGAGUCAGGCCAUCCUUGUCUCCAGCCUUCUUGACAAUGCGUCAUGGACCACGCUCCUGCCUGAAGCUUCCACCAGUGUCCUGCACACGGUGGGCGUGUUUCUCCGCAGAGAGCAAAACUCCACUGUUAAAGAAGAUCUGCUGAGCUGCUUCAGUCCUGUCUUGUGGGACCUUAUUCAGCAGAAUGACAACUCAUCCGCUCUCAGGAUUCUGAUGCAAGAAUACCUUCAGAUGCCGAAGGAGCGCAUCCGCUCUCUGGUGAUGUCGGCGGAGAAAGACGCAGUGAAGAGGUUUCUCUCUCACAUGCACCAGAGCUGGGAUCAGCUUCAAGUUGAAACAGAUCAGGCGUCCCAGAAGGAGUUAGUAGCGAUGGAGACGAUGACCGCUGCCUUCAUCCAAAAGUUUAACAGGGUGACCCCGGAACUCUUCAUCGAUCUGUCCCAAUUUAUCCCCUUCAUGUCGGUCUCUGACAUCAUGAGCUUUCCUGCCUCGCUGAUUGUCAACGACAGUGUGUUAACUGCAAUCCGAGACCACAGCUCGGGGAUGAAGUCGCUGCAGAAAAAGGCUUUUGUCAAAAGGCUCCUGCAGUCACAUAUGGUGGGAGAUGUCCCAUCAUGGCCUCCGUACUUCCUGAGAUCCGUCCUCCCACUUCUGCCAUUUCUGCCUGUCAGUCAUUUUCAGCAGCUGACAUCACAGCAGCUGAUGCCUUUAGUGGAGUUGCUUGGUAAUAGCAGUCUGGAUGGUGUGAGGGGACGACACGUGCUGCGAACGCUGCUUCCCAAGAUGAAAAACCUGACCAGUGAUGACAUACUGAGAUUGGGAGUUCUUACCUGUUACCUGGACCCACUUGACAUCCGUGUGUUUCUUCAGGACCCGACCGUGUCCUCGGUCGUCUGGCAUCAGCUGCUCCACUGCAUCUCCAAGGGCUUCAUCAGUCCCAACAGCAGGCUGUCGUCGCUGUUGAUUCCGGCAGUUCAGACUCUGAACAUCAGCGUCAUGGCUUCUCCAGAGAUGUCUGCCCUUGCCCAGCUAGCUGCUUCCUUCCUCUUGUCUCUUCCUUCACAAAAACUGCUCGAGGUCCUCUCCCAUCCUGGAUUACAGCCGUUUUCUCCAGCACAGGCUUUCGAACUACUUUUAGCAAUUUCUAAAGACACAAAUCUGACCAUGGAGCAGUUGUGUCAACUGAGGCCGUUGCACUCAGGUCUCUCCCCUGCUGUGCUUCAUGGCCUCCAGUGGCCUGAGAUCAUAGAGCCAGACCUGUGUGCGUGCUGGAGCUCCAUGCUAACUGAGCUUAAGCCAGGCCAGAGAGCCAUGAUAUUUAAUGCAAUGCAGGAGGCUUCAAACCGAGAGCUGAAUGACACUCAUCCGCCGAGCUGCUUGUGGCCUUUCAUCCCUCUGAGGAGUCUGACAGAAGAAGUAAACAGAGACAAACUCCUAAGAGACAUCACCCGCAUCCGAGAUGUAAAAUGGUCGCCCCAGCAGGCUCAGCUUCUGUUCAAGAUGGUUGAGGGGUUCACCAACGUAACAAGUGAGACAGUAAGAGGUCUUGGAAUUGUUGCUGAAGGAAUAAGCUGCGACUUGCUGAGAUCUUGGUGCAAUGACACGGAUUAUUUUGAGCUGCUACAGUUUAUGACUCAUCUGUCUCGGCCACUGAGACCUGCUCUGAGAAAAUGUAUCGUGGAGGAGCUGAAGAACAGACAAGAGUUUGAGCUGGACACUUUAAGCUCUUGGUUCUCUGCGACUUUACCGGUCACAAUGGUGGAGAAGCUUUCCAACACAUCCAUCCGAGCCAUUCUAGAAUACAUCCAAUCCAACUUUGCAGAGUUUCUUCGCCUUCCAUUUUACAAACAGACAAACUUGGCAGAGAAGGCUGUUAUUGAGUCGGGCAUUUCUGAUGCCGUCGGAGAGAUCAAUGGUUACACUCUGGACUUCCUGGGACCUCUGCUGCCGUUUUUGAGCAGAGACAUGUUAGCUUUGGUUGAUGGGAGAGCUCUGGCCUUCAGGCUGGAGGAGAUGAGAAGCUUCUGCCUGCCAAGAGAGGCUCUAAGAGACAUUGGUGCUCUGCUCACCCAGAAGAACAUGCUGGGGGAUCCGUCCAAGUGGCACACUGGAGAUGUUGAACAUUUGGGACGGCUGGUCUUUUCUCUCUCCGCCAGGCAGCUGAACUCGAUCCCUUUGGCGGUCUUGGACCAAGACGCGGUGGAGCAGGUUCUUGUGGGUCAGCGGCUUUGGCAGGACAGUGUUGUGGGUGAAGUGUGUAUGAGCCGCUGUAUGGACCGACGUCGCCUCCAACAGCAGGCUGAGAUUCUCAUGAGAGGGAUCGUCAAAGCCCGGAGCAGACGUUCAAAAUUGCCUGUACCAACUUGCUCCGACAUUAGAGGGACAGUCCCCUCGGCCUGGACUUCGACUCAGUUAAAUCGUAUGUCACAAGAGGACGUGAAACAGUGUGUGGAAGUUUUUGGCGCGGAUGCUUCACUGAGUCCUGAGCAGCGCAGAGCAGUGUGGACGAAGCUCCGACAGUCUUUCUCCCCACUGAACAAGAUGACUGCAGGUCAGAUAUUGGCUCUGGGCUCAGUGGUGACAGAGAUGGGAGAGAGAGAACUACAGGAGAUCAAUCUCACUGACUCGGGUCUGCUGGCUCAUCUGGGGAUGCUGACAGGCUGGAGCCAAAAAAAGAUGAGAGCAGUGAUUUUAGGAGUGAUGCGAAAGCGCAAACAACGAGCAGAGCAGUUAACAGUUGUUGACCUGGCGACUUUUGGCAACUUGAUCUGUGGUCUGUAUCCAUCUGAGAUCAGAAGACUGAACCCUUACAACCUCAGCGUUGCAGUCCUGUUCCUGCGGGAGCUGUCCCUCCCCUGCACCGAACAACAGAUGGAGGCGCUCAUGAGCCGUUUAUCCAGAGUUGAGGCUUUCGGGCCAGUCAGUGCUUGGGGACCAGAAGUUUUCACUGAAAUUGGGACACUAGCAGCUGGACUGGAGGACUUGGCGCUGUCUGCUCUGGUGCGGCAACAAAUGGGGGGACUCGCUCCCGAAGCCAUCGCCCUGAUGCCUCCGAAAAAGAUUGCUGUUGUGUUCAGCCCUCUUCAGCUGUCCUGGCUCAGUGCAGAGCAGGUGUGGGCCGUCACUCAGGAUCAAUGGUCUGAGCUGGACGAAGAGCAGAGGCACGCUGUUGACCUCGCCAGAUAUGAAGGAGACCUGUUGGAGUUAAGAGGGAGAAACUUGGCUCCAGCUCUCACUCUCAACUCUCACAGUUUCACCAUCACGUCACUGGCUCUGAUGCUUCUUUUAUGGCAACUAAUUUAAUAACCUGCAACAAAUGUAAUUGCCCUUGACUGUUUUUACUUCAAAUAAAU